GUUUUUCUCUCUCAUUUCUUUUUCAUGUUCUUUCCCAGGAAUGAGUCACUGAGUCCUGAGCUGGUGGCAGCUGCAUCUGCUAUUGCAGAAGCUCUCCCUUUUGACAAGCAGACAACAAAGUCAGAACUACUCAGGCAGCUCCGGCAGCAUGAAGAACACUCAAGGACACAGAAAGAUGUAAAGAAACCUAAAAUUAGCUUCAGUAGCAUAAUAUCAGAUAUGAAAGUUGCCAGACCCUCUACAGCUCGAGUCAGCACAAGACCAGAGUAUCAGAUUCAGUUUGAUGAAGGAGCUGAUGAUUGUCAUGGCCAGGAGAAGACAGCCGAUCGUAAAAAACGUCUUAGGAAAAAUUUAUUCAUGGGGAAAAGACUUAAUAUUUUUGACAUUAAAGCAUUUGCUGAAGAAGCACCUGAAACAGAGACAUCACCUUCUCUUUGGGAAAUAGAAUUUGCUAAGCAACUAGCCACAGUAAAUAAACAGCCCUUUCAGAAUGGGUUUGAGGAGAUGAUCCAGUGGACAAAAGAAGGGAAGUUGUGGGAGUUUCCCAUUAACAAUGAAGCAGGUAAGUGUUAAUUUCAGAGGUUUAUAGCAUUCAUUGAUUAGAUGUUAUUUCUGGAAGAUGUUCUGUUUUACAGUCUACAUAUUUAUGUGAAUCUCAA